GCCUGCUCCCCGCCCCUCGGCGCUCAACACCAGGCGGGGCCCCGGCCGGAGCGCUGCAGCAGCAGCCGCUGCUCUGCAGAGCGGGGCCCGGGGUCGGGGCCGGGGCGUCCUCGUUCCCACCUUCUCCCGCCGCUAUGAGCCAGGGAAGUCCGGGGGACUGGGCCCCCCUCGACCCAACCCCCGGAUCCCCAGCGCCCCCCAACCCCUUCGUGCAUGAGUUACACCUCUCCCGCCUCCAGAGGGUUAAGUUCUGCCUCCUGGGGGCACUGUUGGCCCCCAUCCGAGUGCUUCUGGCCUUUAUUGUCCUCUUUCUCCUCUGGCCCUUUGCCUGGCUGCAAGUAGCUGGUCUUACGGAGGAGCAGCUUCAGGAGCCAAUUACAGGAUGGAGGAAGACUGUGUGCCACAACGGGGUGCUGGGCCUCAGCCGCCUGCUCUUUUUCCUGCUGGGCUUCCUUCGAAUUCGCGUUCGGGGCCAGCGGGCCUCUCGCCUUCAAGCCCCUGUCCUUGUUGCCGCUCCCCACUCUACUUUCUUUGACCCCAUUGUUCUGCUGCCCUGUGACCUGCCCAAGGUUGUGUCCCGAGCUGAGAACCUUUCCGUGCCUGUCAUUGGAGUGGUGGCUGCCAGUAUUAAAGGCCCUGGGUGGGAACCAAGUGACUCCUUGUGUCCUUUCUGGACCCCAGCCCUUCUCCGCUUCAACCAAGCCAUUUUAGUAUCCCGGCAUGACCCGGCUUCUCGGCGCAGAGUGGUGGAGGAGGUCCGAAGGCGGGCUACCUCAGGAGGCAAGUGGCCCCAGGUACUAUUCUUUCCUGAGGGCACCUGUUCCAACAAGAAGGCUUUGCUUAAAUUCAAACCAGGAGCCUUCAUCGCCGGGGUGCCUGUGCAGCCUGUCCUCAUCCAAUACCCCAACAGUCUGGACACCACCAGCUGGGCAUGGAGGGGCCCUGGAGUACUGAAAGUCCUCUGGCUCACAGCCUCUCAGCCCUGCAGCAUCGUGGAUGUGGAGUUCCUCCCUGUGUACCACCCCAGCCUGGAGGAGAGCAGGAACCCCACCCUCUAUGCCAACAAUGUCCAGAGGGUAAUGGCACAGGCCCUGGGCAUUCCAGCCACUGAGUGUGAGUUUGUAGGGAGCUUGCCUGUGAUCGUGGUGGGCCGGCUGAAGGUCGCCCUGGAGCCGAGGCUCUGGGAACUGGGAAAGGUGCUUCGGAAGGCUGGGUUGUCUCCUGGCUGUGUGGACACUGGGGCAGAGCCGGGCCGGAGUCGAAUGAUCAGCCAGGAAGAGUUUGCCAGGCAGCUACAGCUCUCUGACCCCCAGACGGUGGCUGGAGCCUUUAGCUACUUCCAGCAGGAUGCCCAAGGUUUGGUGGACUUUCGAGAUGUGGCCUUGGCACUGGCAGCUCUGGAUGGAGGCAGGAGCCUGGACGAGUUGACUCGCCUGGCCUUUGAGCUCUUUGCCGAGGAGCAAGUAGAGGGGCCCGGCCGCCUGCUGUACAGAGACGGCUUCAGCACCAUCCUGCACCUGCUGCUGGGGUCCCCCCGCCCUGCUGCUGCAACUUUGCAUGCUGAGCUAUGCCAGGCGGGACCCCACCAAGGCCUCUCCCUCUGUCAGUUCCAAGACUUCUCCCUCCACGACCCGCUCCACGGGAAGCUCUUCAGCACCUACCUGCGCCCCUCCCCGAAACCACAGGCCUCAACCCCAGGCGGCCGCAUGGCUCUGGCCAACGGGACUGUGCCAGCACCCAAGCAGAAGGGCGACUGAGAGCCUUGACCUCCCCAGCUCGCCUCCGGCCUACCCUGUGCCUCAAGCCCAUUUCUGCUCCUGCUUGAGUUUUUUUGUUACUGUUGUUGGUUGUGUUUUGUUUUUGUUUUUUUUUUAAGUUGAUUUUCAUUUUUUGCUUGGGUUUUGUUUUUUUUUUUGUAAAAAACUAUUUUAUAUAUAAAUAUAAAUAUAUAUCUAUAUCUAUUUAAAAAAAUAA